AUGUGGAUCAAUGUGAGAUUUGCAAAAAAAGAAAAACCACAAAAGAAAUUUAAGGAUGUCAUCCCAGUUCCAGCAAACAGGAUAGGAGAAAUUUGGGAAAUAGAUACAGUAGGGCCUUUUAGAGAAAGUGAACAGGGAUACAAGUUUGUAGUAACGAUGGUAGAUCGUUUCUUUAAAAUUGCGGAGGUGGUACCAAUUUACACCAAAGACACGAAUACGAUAGUCUAUUUAGUAGAUAAACAUAUAAUAAGGAAGUAUGGUGCACCGAAGGCUAUUUUGUCUGAUAAUGGUAAGGAGUUCAAGAAUAAAAUUUGCGAAGAUUAUACUAAGGCAAAAUGUUUCAUUUGUAAAUAUGGGUCUUCUUAUAAACCUCAAACAACAGACUUGAUAGAACGGCUCAAUAAGAUAGAAAGGUUACAGAAUUCAGAAAAUUUGAUUGGGCAAAAUGUGUGCCUAAGGUAG